AUGGGAGGACGCAACGGGAAGUUGGUGUUGUUCUUGGCCCUAAUAAUUGUGCCAGAGAAUGUCUUUUCUUUUGUGGCCAGAACUUCUCCCCUUUGGACCAAAAAACCGUGUCCCACCACCCAGCUGUAUAGCUCUAGACAAAGUGGCACUCGUUGGACCGAUUCAUCACGAUGGGAAUCGUCGGAAGAAUCCUUCCUCGGAGGAGGUGAACAGCAAUUUUUGCUACGAGAAAAGUACGGAACCUACUUUAAGGUUCCCAAUCCAGCUUCGCUCAUGACCAAGAUUAUCUGUACCAUUGGCCCCGCCACGAAAAGUCCCAGUAUGCUGGGCAAGAUGAUGGAUGCUGGCAUGUCGGCCGCACGCAUCAAUAUGAGUCACGGCAACUUUGCCUAUCUGGAGGAGUGCAUCGACAAUGUCCGCAAGGUGGCCAAAAGUCGGAACAAGCUGUGCCCCAUUAUUCUCGACACCAAAGGUCCCGAAAUUCGAGUCAAGCAAUUGACACUGCAAAAGAGGAGUCAAGACCCAGACGAUGGGGAAUCUUCUCUAACUACGACAUUGGAAACACUCCCACUGUUAAAAAUGACAUUGGAAUCGGGAGAUGGAUUGAUCUUGUUGACGGGAAGACACAGUGUCCACGAUCACUCCGAUGCCGACAUUCAAGACACACAAGACUUUUUGCAAUCCCCACCACCACCAUCCGGCAACAAUAAUGUCGUCAAGACGGCCUGUGUCACCUACCAGUACAUGGCCACGGCCGUCAAUGUCGGAGAUGUGGUUCUCUUGGAUGAUGGACGCAUUUCACUUAUUGUGACCAAGGUACCCAAUGAUGAAGAAGUUCAUACGCAAGUCAUUGAAGGAGGCGACCUCAAAAUCAACAAGGGCGUCAAUCUACCAGGUUGUCAGGUCGAUUUGCCACACUUGACGGAAAAGGAUGUAGAAGAUAUUCUGUUUGGUGUGUCCAAAAAGGUGGAGUACAUUGCCCAUUCCUUUACACGAUCUGCAACCGGCGUUAACCAAGUCCGAGAAUUGCCGGGCGUCGUCGAAGCGGGAUGUCACAUUAUUGCCAAGAUUGAAUCCCAAGAAGGACUCGACAAUUUUGAAUCCAUUCUCAAGGUGAGUGAUGGAAUCAUGGUGGCACGAGGCGAUCUGGGUGUGGAAAUUCCGUUGGAACGAGUCUGUUCGGUACAAAAACGAUUGGUCGCGAGUUGCAAUGCCGUGGGGAAACCAGUCAUUGUCGCCACGGAGUUGCUCGAUAGCAUGAUCAGCUCCCCACGACCCACCAGAGCCGAAGCAUCCGAUGUCGCCAAUGCUGUAUUUGACGGGGCCGAUUGCGUCAUGUUGUCGGGAGAAACUGCCGUGGGCAGCUAUCCCGUUGAAUCGAUUCAAGUCAUGACACGAAUCUGCAAAGAAGCCGAGUUGGAUGUCGCCAGCAGUCUACGCGCCAUGGCAGCCAAUCCGACUACUGCGGUUGCCACCAAUAACAACAACCUUAUGAUCAACGGUGGUAGCAACAAUUACGGUGGAGAACGAGGUGCCCUGCGAGACGCCUUUUGCAAAUCGGCCAUUAUGGCUGCUCGUGAAACCAAUGCUGCCUUGAUUCUGGCAAUCACCAAAACCGGCAUGACGGCCAAUGCAUUGGCCAAGUUCUUUAGCUCCGUGCCUGUCAUGGUGUUGUCAACGUCUGAAAAUGUCUGUGCACAAGUUCUCUUACAUCGAAGUGUGACACCCUAUAUCGUGCAAAGUUUGAAACGAGAAAGUUGCAUUCCUCGCGCCAUUGCUAAGGCUACCGAGCUGGGACUGGUGGGACCAGGGAGCCGGGUCUUGCUAUUGACCGGACCAGAUGAUAUGAUUGCCAAUCGAUUGGAAACUUUUACCGUGGGCGAAACUAUCGUGCCUCCUCCCCCAGCAACCUGGGAAAAUGAACAACGCAGAAUCGCUCCGCAGAAAGAAACACAGGAGGACGUCGAUGCCGUGACAGCAGAAGUAGUUGACGAUGACGAGUUGGAUGACGAAGGGGCUGGUUGGUAA